AUGAUAGACAAACUUCAUAAGUUUAAAAUACUUUCUUGCAUUUCUACAGUGACGCCUGCUAUCGAGACGCACCCACAAGCUGAUCCGGUCAAAGAAGGAGAGAACUUGACUUUCUUUUGCAACGCUACUGGAAGCUCUUUGACAAUAUCAUGGACGAAAAAUGGAUCUUCUAUAAAUCCAAAUGAAGACGUACGGAUCCGUUUGUCAACAGACAAAGAGCAUUUGACAAUAAAGAAUGUGAGCAGGAAAGACAACGGAGCAUACCGAUGUGUGGCGAGCAACAAGGUUGGAAAUGCUACCUCCAAUGCUGCCAUAGUGACUGUCCGAUUUGCCCCUGAAAUCUCCCAAUCUCCAAGGGAUACCACGGAAGUGGAAGGACAAACUGCCGAGUUCAAUUGCGUAGUAGCAGGGUACCCUAAACCCGAUGUUGCUUGGGAAAAAAAUGGAGUGGAAUUGAAUGUGGCUAAACAUGAGCGACUUAGAGUCUCUUCCAAUGAUGGAAACCACCGAUUGAUCAUAUCAAAUGUUCAACAAUCGGAUGCAGGACAAUACAAAUGUGUUGCUAAUAACAGUUUGGAUACUGUGAAUUCAUCUUCAGCAACCCUAACAGUACAUUUUGAUCCAGAAGUUACAGUUGAUGGUGAUAAGGAGAAGAUUGUGGCUAAGGGCGACGAUAUCAAGGUAACAUGUCGGCACAAGGCCCUACCGCCUGUGACUGAGGUGCAAUGGAUAAAAGAUGGAGAGGUGAUUUCAACAAACUCCACGAAAGUGAUCAACAACUCCCGAUUGAAUAUUCUGCACUUCAAUGAGAGCCUCAUACAGUUGUCGAUCAGCACAGCUAUCGUGGCUGAUAGUGGGAAUUACACUUGCAAUGUCACAAAUAUGGUUAACAGUUCAUCAGACUCGACAUCUAUCAUUGUCGAAGUAAAGCCUUCCAUCCUUACUCAGCCAAAAAGUGCUGCCCCUGAAGAAGGAGACACCGUCAAGUUGUAUUGCAACGCUACAGGAAGCCCUAUACUGCACAUAUCCUGGACGUUUGAUGGAUCUCUCAUAACAGCAAACGAGAACUCCAGGAUCAGUUUGUCCAACGACUCUCAAGAAUUGACAAUAACAAAUGUGAAAAGAGGAGACAGUGGAGAUUACCGAUGUUUAGUGAAAAACAGGGUCGGAAAUGACACUUCUCACCCCUCUGUGAUAAACGUGCUUUAUCGGCCUGAAAUUAUUACGCAUCCUAAGAGUGUUACAUUAGAAGAAGGACUCCUCAUGACCUUAUUUUGUAACGCGACCGGAAAUCCACCACCAACAAUAUCAUGGACCAAAGAUGGAUCUCCUUUAAAUAACAACCAAGGGAUACUUUUUUCAGGAGACAACGAGACACUGUUUAUUGCGAGUAUUAACAGAACGGAAAGCGGAAAUUACAGAUGUGUUGCCAGGAACGGCCUUGGAAAUGAUCUCUCAAAUCCUGCAAAAGUCGACGUACAGUUUCAGCCUGAAAUUAUUACGCAUCCUAAGAAUGUUACAGUAGAAGAAGGACUCCCCAUGAACUUAUUUUGUAACGCGACCGGAAAUCCACCACCAACGCUAUCAUGGACCAAAGAUGGAUCUCCUUUAAAUAACAACCAAGGGAUACUUUUUUCAGGAGAUAACGAGACACUGUCUAUAGCGAGUAUUAACAGAUCAAAAAGCGGAAAUUACAGAUGUGUGGCCAGGAACAGCCUUGGAAAUGAUUCCUCAAAUCCUGCAAACGUCGACGUACAGUUUGCACCUGAAAUCGUGGAAAAUCCAAAGGAUGCCACCCUAGUUGAGGGAAAAGAUGUUGUGUUUAGUUGCAUGAUAGAUGGAAAUCCUUCACCAAGAGUCACUUGGACGAAGAACGAGGAAAAACUGAACACAACAGUAAAUCCACGACUAACAGCGUCGUCACUGAACAACAAGCGCAGUUUGACGAUCACAGAUGUUCAACGAUCGGAUUCGGGACAAUACAGAUGUGUGAUUAUUAAUAGUGUUGGCAACAUAACAUCAUCUCCAGGAGAUCUAAAUGUACAAUUUAGAGCAGAUGUCAAAAUUAGUGGCAGUAAACAAAAGUUUGUUGCAAUAAACAAACAGAUCCAUCUGACUUGCCAGUACAAUGCUUCACCACCAGUGUCAGAGGUACAAUGGGUUAAAGAUGGAAGUGUGAUUGCUAGGAAUGAUAGUGGGAUUGGUAAUGGAUUGGUGAAUAUUACAGAAUUCACUGAAAGUCAAUCACAGCUUUUAAUUUCAUCAAGUACAAGGAAUGAUGAGGGAAAUUACACCUGCUUUGUCACAAAUGCUGUUGGCAAUUCCUCAGAUAUAACUUCAGUUGUUAUACAAGUGGUACCAGACCCACCACAUACAUUGACGGUUGAUUUUAAUGGCCCACGGGUGGUGAAUAUCUCUUGGACAGCUGGUUUUGAUGGAAAGAGCCCCAUUCAGAACUACACAGUGGAGAUCAGUCAAUAUAAUCAGAUCUUUAAGGGUGUUAUUUGUCAGGGAUCACUCUCAAGUGGUGCCUGUGUGGUGUCCAGUUCCUCCACAAAAGCCUCUCUAACCGGGCUUCUUCCUUGGACAACAUAUAACAUUAGAGUGUUUGCGACAAACGCAAUUGGCAGAAGUAACAGCAGCCAAAUUCUGAAUGUUACCACAGAUGAAGAAGUGCCAAGUGAGGCUCCGACUUUUGAUGUGAUUGUUGUCAAUUCAACUGCAGUGAAUGUUUCCUGGCAGAUGCUUAGUAAGGUCAAAGCUAGAGGUGCUAUCUUGGGCUAUUACGUUUUCUACCGGGUUAUUAACAGCACUGCACUCUGGGAAAAUAAAACUGUUGAUGGAGCCGAAACGACAUCGCUUCUAGUAGGACCACUAAAUGAACACACUACUUACGAGUUUGCCAUGCAGGCGUUUAACCGUAAAGGUGUCAGCAAUUUAAGUGCUUUGGUGGAAAAGACUACCGACCAGCACAAGCCUGGUAAGCCUCCACAAAUGGUCGUAUUAAGUGAGAUAAAAUCUACAAGUAUCAGAGUAAGCUGGAAGCCUGUCCCAGCUGAUGAUCGAAAUGGAAUCAUCAAAGGAUAUAAAGUGAAUUAUCACGCCUUAGCAGAUAGUGAAAUAAAUACAAAGACCCUUUAUAUCAACAGUGGAGAACAGGGUGUUGAAAAAGCAACAACUUUACAGCCUCUGAGUGCGUUCACAAACUACAGCAUUACUGUGUUAGCAUUUACUGAAGUCGGAGAUGGGCCACAAAGCGUUGCCCAGGUCGAGCAGACAAUGGAGGACGCGCCCGGUGGCCCACCACAAACUGUCAUAAUCGAUGUCAUAUCUUCUACAAAUAUCUCCGUUUCAUGGGAUCCUGUCACGGCGGAACAUCGAAACGGAAUCAUCAAAGGAUAUAAAGUGAAUUAUCGAGCCUUACCGAAUAGUGACAUUCUUACUGCGGUCCUCAAUAUCACCAGCCAGCAACAGAAUGAAGGACAAACGGUGACUUUAGAUAAACUGAACGAGUUUACAAACUACAGCAUCAGAGUGUUAGCAUUUACUGCAAUCGGUGAUGGUCCAUUAAGUGUUGCCCAGGUUAAGCAAACACUGGAAGACAAACCCAGCGGCCGACCUAAGACAGUGGCAGCUACUGUAAAAUCCUCUAAAAGUAUCUCCGUUUCUUGGGAUCCUGUGGAUGCUGAUGAUAGAAAUGGAAUCAUCAAAGGAUAUAAAGUAAAUUAUCAAGCCUUACCGAAUGGUGUCACAGUGCCCAAGUUCCAGAAUAUCACCAGUGAGCAACAGAAUAAAAAACAAACAGUGCUUUUAGAUGAUCUGAAUGAGUUUACAAACUACAGCAUUAGUGUGUUAGCAUUUACUGUUAUUGGAAAUGGACCAGCAAGUGGUGCCCAGGUUGUGGAGACACUGGAAGACAAACCUAGCGGCCGACCUAAGACAGUGGCAGCUACUGUAACAUCUUCCAAAAGUAUCUCCGUUUCUUGGGAUCCUGUGGAUGCUGAUGAUAGAAAUGGAAUCAUCAAAGGAUAUAAAGUAAAUUAUCAAGCCUUACCGAAUGGUAUCAUGGUGCCCAAGUUCCGCAAUAUCACCAGUGAGCAACAGAAUGAACAACAAACAGUGCUUAUAGAAUAUCUGAAUGAGUUUACAAACUACAGCAUUAGUGUGUUAGCAUUUACUGCAAUUGGAAAUGGACCGGCAAGUGAUGCCCAAGUUGUGGAGACACUGGAAGACAAACCUAGCGGCCGACCUAAGACAGUGGCAGCUACUGUAACAUCUUCCAAAAGUAUCUCCGUUUCUUGGGAUCCUGUGGAUGCUGAUGAUAGAAAUGGAAUCAUCAAAGGAUAUAAAGUAAAUUAUCAAGCCUUACCGAAUGGUAUCAUGGUGCCCAAGUUGCGCAAUAUCACCAGUGAGCAACAGAAUGAACAACAAACAGUGCUUAUAGAAUAUCUGAAUGAGUUUACAAACUACAGCAUUAGUGUGUUAGCAUUUACUGCAAUUGGAAAUGGACCAGCAAGUGAUGCCCAAGUUGUGGAGACACUGGAAGACAAACCUAGCGGCCGACCUAAGACAGUGGCAGCUACUGUAACAUCUUCCAAAAGUAUCUCCGUUUCUUGGGAUCCUGUGGAUGCUGAUGAUAGAAAUGGAAUCAUCAAAGGAUAUAAAGUAAAUUAUCAAGCCUUACCGAAUGGUAUCAUGGUGCCCAAGUUGCGCAAUAUCACCAGUGAGCAACAGAAUGAACAACAAACAGUGCUUAUAGAAUAUCUGAAUGAGUUUACAAACUACAGCAUUAGUGUGUUAGCAUUUACUGCAAUUGGAAAUGGACCGGCAAGUGAUGCCCAAGUUGUGGAGACACUAGAAGACAAACCCAGCGGCCGACCUAAGACAGUGGCAGCUACUGUAACAUCUUCCAAAAGUAUCUCCGUUUCUUGGGAUCCUGUGGAUACUGAUGAUAGAAAUGGAAUCAUCAAAGGAUAUAAAGUAAAUUAUCAAGCCUUACCGAAUGGUAUCAUGGUGCCCAAGUUCCGCAAUAUCACCAGUGAGCAACAGAAUGAACAACAAACAGUGCUUAUAGAAUAUCUGAAUGAGUUUACAAACUACAGCAUUAGUGUGUUAGCAUUUACUGCAAUUGGAAAUGGACCGGCAAGUGAUGCCCAAGUUGUGGAGACACUGGAAGACAAACCUAGCGGCCAACCUCGGACAGUGGCAGCUACUGUAACAUCCUCUAAAAGUAUCUCCGUUUCUUGGGAUCCUGUGGAUGCUGAUGAUAGAAAUGGAAUCAUCAAAGGAUAUGAAGUAAAUUAUCAAGCCUUACCGAAUGGUAUCAUGGUGCCCAAGUUCCGCAAUAUCACCAGUGAGCAACAGAAUGGACAACAAACAGUGCUUAUAGAACAACUGAAUGAGUUUACAAACUACAGCAUUAGUGUGUUAGCAUUUACUGCAAUUGGAAAUGGACCGGCAAGUGGUGUCCAGGUUGUGGAGACACUGGAAGACAAACCCAACGGCCAACCUAAGACAGUGGCAGCUACUGUAACAUCCUCUAAAAGUAUCUCCGUUUCUUGGGAUCCUGUGGAUGCUGAUGAUAGAAAUGGAAUCAUCAAAGGAUAUAAAGUAAAUUAUCAAGCCUUACCGAAUGGUACCAUGAUGCCCAAGUUCCGCAAUAUCACCAGUGAGCAACAGAAUGAACAACAAACAGUGCUUAUAGAAUAUCUGAAUGAGUUUACAAACUACAGCAUUAGUGUGUUAGCAUUUACUGCAAUUGGAAAUGGACCAGCAAGUGAUGCCCAAGUUGUGGAGACACUGGAAGACAAACCUAGCGGCCGACCUAAGACAGUGGCAGCUACUGUAACAUCUUCCAAAAGUAUCUCCGUUUCUUGGGAUCCUGUGGAUGCUGAUGAUAGAAAUGGAAUCAUCAAAGGAUAUAAAGUAAAUUAUCAAGCCUUACCGAAUGGUAUCAUGGUGCCCAAGUUCCGCAAUAUCACCAGUGAGCAACAGAGUGAACAACAAACAGUGCUUAUAGAAUAUCUGAAUGAGUUUACAAACUACAGCAUUAGUGUGUUAGCAUUUACUGCAAUUGGAAAUGGACCGGCGAGUGGUGCCCAAGUUGUGGAGACAUUGGAAGAUAAACCCAACGGCCAACCUAAGACAGUGGCAGCUACUGUAACAUCCUCUAAAAGUAUCUCCGUUUCUUGGGAUCCUGUGGAUGCUGAUGAUAGAAAUGGAAUCAUCAAAGGAUAUAAAGUAAAUUAUCAAGCCUUACCGAAUGGUAUCAUAGUGCCCAAGUUCCGCAGUAUUACCAGUGAGCAACAGAAUGAAAAACAAACAAUGUUUUUAGAACAUCUGAAUGAGUUUACAAACUACAGCAUUAGUGUGUUAGCAUUUACCGCAAUUGGAAAUGGACCGGCAAGUGGUGCCCAGGUUGUGGAGACACUGGAAGACAAACCCAGUGGUGCCCCUCAAAAUUUGAGUUUAGGCAACACAACUUCAACAAGCAUAUUUGUCAUGUGGGAAGCGGUUUCGAGAGCUGAACAGAAUGGUAUCAUUAUUUCUUAUAACGUCAGCUAUCGGGUGAUACUUGGAAAUGGAUCUGGUGGGCCUAUCAAUUCUACAUUAGUUAGUGCUCCUAAGAUGUACGUGAACCUGACUGGCCUAAUAAAGGAUAUGUAUUACAACAUCAGUGUCUUGGCAUCCACAAUCAAGGGAGACGGAAUAUACAGUAACCCAAAGAAAUUUAGAACGAACGAAGACAGGCCGAGUGGUCCUCCACAGAGGGUACGAGGUCGUUUCACUAGUUCAACCAGCAUCAUGGUUGACUGGGAUGUUGUGCGUGAAGACCAGCGACAUGGUGAAAUCAUAAGCUAUACUGUCAGGUACAAAAAAUUAACGGAUGGUACUUACAAGGAGACAAAAGUUACGCCAAGAUCUGAUGAAUUGAAGGAACUUGAUAAGUUCACAGUCUACAAAAUUGAGGUCCUAGCUGCCACCAGAGUUGGAGAUGGGCCACCAAGUGAACCCAUCGAAGAAAGAACAGACGAAGACAAACCUGAGAAACCUCCUCAAUCAGUCACCGUAACGACAUUCGACAGCAGUAGAAUCGAAGUGACGUGGGAGCCGGUUCCUAAAGAUUUCCAGCAUGGUAUUAUAACGGAGUACGUCAUACUUUACAAUUAUUCUGGUGAAGGAAAAAUAUCAGAACACAAGGUAUUAGGAAAUAUUAGCAAAGUGGUUGUUGGAGGACUCAAGCAAUCUACUGAAUACACAAUCCGAGUUCUGGCUGCAACCGUGAAGGGAAGGGGUCCAGCAAGUAGUCCUAAAUCUGCUACAACCGAAGGUAAGGAAGCAAUUUAA